UAAAAAAUGAAUUACCUUCAAAAACUCUUUAUAACAAAAUAAAGAAGAAAUUGAUUCUCUUUUCGCACUAUGGUGUUUUAAACGUCAUCCUAUUACUUUUAUGAAAAAGCUUUCAAAAUUCGAGAGUGGUAUGUAAUUUUUAAAAGUUUUAGAUGGCAUUUAUAUCUGCAAUAUAAGAAUGAAAUUAUCACGUAUGAAACUAAUAUGGCAAGGGGACCUUUGGAAUUUCUUCAGAAAACUUAGCUCUUGGGCAGGGAAUGGCUCGAACGCCCCAAACACGCUUGCUAGAACUGACAAACGACACUAUGGCUGUGCGAUCACCACACCAGGCACAUCGGGACAAGAGCAAUGUAUACUAGACUCAUGCAGUAUCAAUCCAAACUGUCAAGAACCACGAGUGAUCAUAGUGGGGGCUGGGAUGGCAGGCCUCUCGGCAGCACAUCGACUCACUCAAUGUGGCAUAAAAAAUUUCCUCGUCCUUGAAGCUAAAGAAAGGCCCGGCGGACGAAUACAUUCUUGUUGGCUUGGUGAUGCAGUCAUUGAAAUGGGGGCAGAGUGGAUUUUUGGCGCAUGUUUGCCAAAUUCUGUAUACACUCUAGCAUCGCAGGACAAACUUUUGCAACAACCGUUGCCUCGUUUGGACGCUUCGAGAGGCUUAUUUUGCACCAGCGAAGGACGUGCAGUUGACUUACCAGUUACAAUUACGGCUUAUCACACUUUUAGGCAAAUAGAACAACAAGCUGCCAAUUUAUUUAGACUAGGAGGGGAACGACAACAUGGAACUUUAUUGAAUUUUAUCGGGUUACGCAUACAACAAGAACUACAUAAUUUUCCUGAAGAUCAAAGGUAUGACGCCGCUCGCGUUAUGUUUGGUUUAACAAAUAUUUUGAGAAAUAGAUGCGGAGAUGAUCUGUCUUUAGUCAGUGCCGAUCAGUACGGUAGCUAUAUUGAACUGCCCGGAGGUUGCGUGCGGGUCCCUCUGGGUUACGUAGGUGUGAUGGCACCACUACUGCGCGGACUUCCAGACAAUUGCAUUCGAUAUAAUAAACCUGUCAAUGUAAUUCGAUGGGGACAAGGCCAAACAGGUGAAGGACGCUCCCUUAUUAAAUGUUGUGACGGAGAAGAGCUUUAUGCUGAUUAUGUCAUUGUUACAAUGUCUCUAGGCUGUCUAAAAUGUCAAGCAGACAAAUUGUUUGCUCCACCGCUUCCGGUCUGUAAAUUGGACGCUAUAUGUAAUUUAGGUUUUGGUCUCAGCGAUAAAAUUUUCCUCGAGUACUCUGAGCCUUUUUGGGUAUGCCAUGAAGGUAACUUAAAACUUGCUUGGUCAGCUGAAGAAUUGCAAUGCAGAAGUGAUUGGACACGAGGCGUUUGUGCCAUAGAUGAACUGCCGGGCAGUAAACACGUGUUAUGCGCUAUGAUAUCCGGUCAAGAAGCUGCCGUCAUGGAAUCAAUGGCAGACAACGACGUCGCUGAAGGACUGACACAAUUAUUGCGCAGAUUCACUGGCAAUCCAUGCUUACCUUACCCACAAAUGAUGCUACGUUCAAAAUGGGCUUCAGAUCCACAUUUUUGUGGGUCAUUUUCUUACAUGAGUUGUGUGUCUACAGUGAGCCACCAAUGUGAAUUGGGAACCCCCGUACCAGGUCCAUGCGAUCCGAUACCACCGGUCCUUUUGUUUGCGGGUGAAGCUACUGUACCCGGAUAUUUCGCCACAGCACACGGAGCACGGUUGAGCGGUAUUCGUGAAGCCGAACGCAUUAUAUUACUAACAAAAAAAUUCGAAGGUCCUCCACGGCGUUAACGCUUUGUGUAUCAUGUAUAGAAGUGUAAUACGUAGUAGGUAUUUCAUUUGUAUUAUAAUUAUGACGUUAUCCCAUUUGUAUGAUUGUAGUUUGAAGAUUGUUUUUUUAAUAAACAUGAAGUAUUGUGUC